AGCAAGCUUCCCCUCGAAGUUUCAUAAGCUCCAGACUUCCGCCCCUCUCCGGUAGAAAUCCAGCACCAUUAACCCCGAAACUUCGUCCGGACUCCGAAAACGUUUCCAACAUCCCCGGUUGACAAAACCCUUCUCUCUUACGUCUUGGAUUCUAGACAAUCUUGACUCUUACGCUCCCGUACUGUCUUAUCCGACAUGAUGGCCUCUGACCUGCAUUCUGCUGGAGCCAUCGAGCUCAAGGACAACACUGUCAUUGUUGUCCUCGGCGCCUCCGGCGAUCUCGCGAAGAAGAAGACGUUCCCCGCUCUCUUUGGACUGUACCGGAACCAGUUCCUGCCAAAGGACAUCAAGAUCGUCGGCUAUGCUCGGACAAAAAUGGACCACGACGAAUACAUCCGUCGCAUCCGAUCAUACAUCAAAACGCCGACAAAAGACAUUGAGCAGCAGCUCAAUGAUUUCUGCAGUCUUUGCACAUACGUCUCCGGUCAGUACGACCGUGACGAGUCGUUCCUGCAGCUCAACAAGCACCUAGAGGAUCUCGAGAAGGGCAGGCCAGAGACAAACCGGCUUUUUUACAUGGCCCUGCCUCCCAGCGUCUUCACGAUCGUGUCGCAGCACCUGAAGAAGUGCUGCUACCCCACCAGGGGCAUUGCGCGCGUCAUUGUCGAGAAGCCUUUUGGCAAGGACUUGGCGAGCUCGCGCGAGCUGCAGAAGUCGCUCGAGCCCGACUGGAAGGAAGAGGAGCUCUUCCGGAUCGACCACUACCUGGGCAAGGAGAUGGUGAAGAACAUCCUCAUCCUUCGAUUUGGUAACUCGUUCCUGGGCGCGACUUGGAACAGACACCACAUCGACAACGUGCAGAUCACGUUUAAGGAGCCGUUCGGCACCGAAGGGCGCGGCGGUUACUUCGACGAGUUCGGCAUCAUCCGCGAUGUGAUGCAGAACCACCUGCUGCAGGUGCUGACCCUGCUCGCCAUGGAGAGGCCCGUCUCUUUCUCGGCCGAGGACAUCCGCGACGAGAAGGUGCGGGUGCUCCGCGCCAUCCCGGCCAUCGAGCCGAAGAACGUCAUCAUCGGCCAGUAUGGCAAGUCGCUCGACGGGAGUAAGCCGUCCUACAAGGAGGAUGACACUGUCCCCAAGGACUCGCGCUGCCCCACAUUCUGCGCGCUAGUCGUCUACAUUAAGAACGAGCGGUGGGACGGCGUGCCCUUCAUCAUGAAAGCGGGCAAGGCUCUCAACGAGCAAAAGACGGAGAUUCGCGUCCAGUUCAAGGACGUUACGUCCGGGAUCUUUAAGGACAUUCCGCGGAACGAACUUGUGAUGCGCAUCCAACCGAACGAGAGUGUAUACAUCAAGAUGAACUCGAAGCUUCCAGGCCUUACCAUGCAGACCGUGGUUACGGAGCUUGACCUCACGUACCGCAGGCGGUUCUCCGAUCUCAAGAUCCCGGAGGCGUACGAGUCGUUGAUCCUGGACUGCCUCAAGGGCGACCACUCGAACUUUGUCAGAGACGACGAGCUGGAUGCCAGCUGGAGGAUCUUCACGCCUCUGCUGCACUACCUGGAUGACAAUAAGGAGAUCAUCCCCAUGGAAUAUCCCUACGGUAAGCGGGACUCGGUCGUCUCGCGAUGUCGUUGUUACGGAAACUGACCUGCUGGUGUAGGCUCUCGUGGCCCUGCUGUGCUCGACGACUUCACGGCGUCGUACGGCUACAAGUUCAGUGAUGCCGCCGGAUACCAGUGGCCGACGACAUCGGCUCUGGGGCCGGGCAACAAGUUGUGAGUAGCUUGUUGAGAGAUUUUUUGCUGCGAAGGAUCUGCUGUGGCCAAGUCUGAGCGCUCGUUAUUGAACGCUGGUUUCUAUCGCAGUUGAGAACGAUUGAUUGCAGUUGCGCGCACGUACCACGAGCUCCUUCAUGACAAGGCUAGGCUUCGGGUUGGGCG